AUGGAGCUGUCCACGGUGCUAGUGCUGAUCGCAGCUGGGUGGGCCGUUUGUCUGGCUUCACCUAUCCAGGUCAAUCCGGACUCUGACGGCGACCCGAAACAAGAUGACAGAACUGUAUUCGAACGCAUAGAAGCUCUAAAUAAUGAGAUCUCCAAGCCGCUAAGAGACGGAGACAUUGCCUACAAUAUCGUGCGCAGCACCACCAAAUGUGACGGCUGUUUGUGGGAUACCUGCGAGAACGGGAUGGUUUACGUCCCUUAUGUUCUUUCCUCUGCAUAUUCUAAUAUAGACAAAUGGCUGAUUACAGACGCCAUCAAGGAGUUUGAAACAAUGACCUGCGUGAAGUUUGUCAGCAGAAGCUCAGAAGCCGACUAUCUCAGUAUAGAGUCUUUAUCUGGGUGUUGGUCGUAUGUUUCCAAGAUUGGUGGCAAACAGAUUGUGAGCCUCAAUAAGAACGGGUGCAUGAACCCCGGCGUCAUCCAGCAUGAACUGAUGCACACGCUGGGCUUCAUUCAUGAGCACUCCAGGAGCGACAGGAAUAACUACGUAGAUAUCUUGUGGCAAAACAUUCUUCCAGUAAAUCAUCCCAACUUUGAGAUUAGAGAUUCCAACAAUUUGGAUCUUCCCUAUGACUACGGCUCAAUAAUGCACUACCCAAGCACUGCUUAUUCCAACCCCUCUGGAACAAACACAAUAGUUCCGAAACCUGACCCCAAGGUGCCCAUCGGACAGACGCUUGGAAUGAGCCACCUUGAUGUGAUGAAGAUUAACAAACUCUAUAAGUGCAAUCUUUGCCGGACAAAGUUCACAGACCCUUCAGGAUCUUUCUCCGCUGAUGGUCUUUCCUUCGGUCAGGACGGCAGCUGUCUUUGGUUGAUUCAAACUCAAAAUAACAAGGUUUCUCUGCAGCUCAGCGGCAUCAACAUCCCUCUUUCUGUCGGCUGUAAUGAAAGCUACAUUAAGGUAUAUGAUGGCGGCUAUAAAUCUGAUGAGGUUCUUCUGAAUAAUACCUGUGGAUUUCAAAUACUCCCACCUUUAAUUUCAUCUACAAACCUGAUGUUGGUGGAGCUCGUGAGCAGCCAGAAGCCGGCUUUGAGCAGAUUCAGCGCCUCCUAUAAUACCGUUACCUAUGGAGAGACCCUCAUCAAUGAUAACGGGGUUGUGAUUUCUCCGUGGGUCAGAGGCUUCUACCCCAACAAUGUGGAUGCUGCAUAUUCCAUCAUAGCCCCGCAGGGAUAUAAGGUGUCCCUGACCUUCUCUUAUUUCUAUAUGGAGGAUUCCAUAAACUGUUCCAAAGACUACCUGAUUGUCACGGAUGGAGCCGCUACGAUUGCCCCAGCCCUGGGCAAAUUCUGUGGGAUGAAGUUACCUCCGGCUUUGGUGUCUUCUGGGAAUGUAAUGUUAUUGCAGUUUCACAGCGAUGACCAGAAAAACUCCUAUGGAUACAAGGCGUCCUAUCGCUUUGCUCCUAAUGCCUAA